UAUAAGUUCCUAAAAAUUUAAUUUGAAGAUGUGUUGUCGGUGGUGUAGUUGGUAGGGUGUUUGCCUCGUGGGGAAGGUCUGCUGGGUUCGAAUCCUUUUGAGUGUUUUUUAUUUUUGUUAUGUUUUCUAUCACGUUUUUUUGUGGUUUUAAGUAAGAGAUUUUUAUUUUACAUAUCUUUAAAUUAUUUUUAGUGCUGUUUAGAGGAGAUUUAAACAUAUUUUUGGGAUUUUUUGUCGCGAAUUUUCGAAGAAAAUUUUUUUUUAUUUUUAUUGUUUUUUAAUUUAAAUUUUUUUAAAUAUUUUUUUAGAUUUUAUAGAAUUCUUCUUUGAACUACAAGUCUUUCUAAAAAAUGGCUCAUUUAAUUCAAGAUGGUUUUGUUGUGAAUGACGCCAAAUGGAAAUUGGGAAUAUUCAUUACCGAUCUAAACAAAUCAAAGGAUAUAUUGGUUAGAGGAGACUUGACAAUUGGGAAUUUAAUGAUGCAAUUGGUUGAACAAAUGGAAGAAAAUCAAGAUUGGAGUGAUCACGCAAUUUGGUGGCCUGACAGACGAAAGUGGCUUAAACAUACAAGAAGCACUUUGGAUCAAAUUGGAGUUACUGCUACAACAUUUUUGGAGUUUACACCGAUGCAUAAACCUGCGAGAGUGGAGUUGCCUGAUAGACAGAUUUUAGACGCUCGUCUAGACUUUUCUGUGCCAGUACUCAAAGUCACACAAAAAUUGUGCCAAGAAUUAGGAAUUCGCCACCCAGAAGAAUUAUCAAUUAAACGCGAUAUUCCAACAGAUAUUUUACGUAAAGGGGCGCAUGUGGAGGCAGAUCAACAUAUACAGCCUUAUAUGAAGCCGGGAGAAGAAUCUAUUGGACCUGGAACGUUGAGAACUGCAAAACCAAUUAGAGCGUCUACAAUGAAUUUAAGUGGAGGGAGAGGAUCGCCUGUUUCUGGUGCUGCUGCUAUGGGACCUGGACAUCCUUUUAACGCUUCAGAAAUUGGUACAUUGCCUAAACCUGGAACGCUGCCUCGAGGAAUGAGUCCUGGACCGGCUGCUUAUCGUGAAGCUCUUGGAAGAACACCCGAACCUGGGUUUAGCGAAGGCCUCGAAGACGAUUUUUUCGAUCACAAUUUAAUCAAUUCACCCAAAAUUGUGCCUAGCCGUGAUUCUUUUAAGCCUCAGAAUUAUUUGGAGAAGGCAGCCUUAAAUAGAGGAUGGCUUGAUUCUUCACGUUCAUUAAUGGAGCAAAGCAUAUUUGAAGGAGAAACUGUUUUGCUUCGAUUUAAAUUUGCUACAUUUUUUGAUAUAAAUUUGAAGUAUGACCCCGUACGUAUUAAUCAAUUAUACGAACAAGCAAAGUGGUCUAUUUUAUUGGAGGAAGUGGAACAUACUGAAGAGGAAUCUGCUUUGUUUGCUGCUUUGCAGUUUGGAGGUACUCGUUCUAGUGUAGUGGUUAGUGAUUUUGGUUCACCCUAUGAGUGGGUGAGGUUGCAAGCAACACUUCAAAGAGACACACCUGAACGCGAAUCGCCUGAACGAGAUGAAGUUGAUGUUAUGCUUGAUGAAUUGGAACAAACUUUGGAUGCUGCUGCUUCUAUAAGUCGAAGAGAAUUAACUUAUGUGCCUGAAUUGACCGAAUAUUUGAAAUAUGUAAAACCAAAAAAGCUCGGUUUCAACAAUUUCAAACGUGCCUAUUUUACGUUCCGUGACCUCUAUUUAAGUUACUACAAUUCUGCACAGGAUGCUAAUGGUUCUGUUAAAGUUAAAAAUUCAAAAAUUUCUUUUUUAGGCCCUCCCCUUGGUCAUUAUUACAUGAAAGGAUGUGAAGUAACUCAAGAAUUGAGCGUCACUCAAGGCAAAUUCCAUAUAAAAUUACAAUUGCCAAGUGCUGAAGGGAUGACGGAAAUGAUUUUGAAAUGUGACACGGCUGCUUGUCGUCUCGCUUCCCGUGGUAAAACAAUGGCCGAUUCUUCGUAUAAUUCUGAAAUGGAAUCAAUCAAAAAAGUUUUGCAGAUGCAAGCUGGAAGAGCCAAACAACAAAAUGGAAGUUCUGUUGAUAAAAGAAAAGUUAGACAGCCAGUUCAAUUACCUCCAGAUUUUAAUACAGAAGAAUAUGCCUCUCAACGUUAUGUUCGUCGAACCGGAAACAGAAAUUUGCAACAUCGAAUUUCCGAUGCCCAUUCAAAUGUCAAAACCCUCAGUUGCUCUGAAGCAAAAUUGCAAUAUAUUAGAAAUUGGGAAGCUUUACCAGAGCAUGGAUUGCAUUAUUUUAUUGUUAAGUUUAGGAACGGAAAGAAUAAUAAAUCAGAAUUAAUUGCUGUAGCACACAAUAGAAUAAUGAAAAUAAAUAGUGACAGUGGGGAAGCUACAAAGACUUGGAGAUUUGCUGGAAUGAAAAAAUGGCACGUUAACUGGGAAAUUCGUCAUAUAAAAGUACAAUUUGAUACGGAAGAUAUUGAAUUUAAACCGUUAAGUGCUGAUUGCAAGGUAGUACAUGAAUUUAUUGGAGGAUAUAUAUUUAUGUCAUUACGAAGCAAAGAUCAAAACCAAACUUUGGAUGAAGAAGGAUUUCAUAAAUUAACUGGUGGAUGGGGAUAA